GUCGAAUUGGUACAACUCGUUUCCCUUCUAUAGUUUAGUUUUUAUGUGUUCUUCUUUUCGCGUCAAGCACCAUGGGUAUUUCCCGUGAUCACUGGCAUAAAAGGCGUGCCACUGGUGGCAAACGAAAGCCGCUAAGAAAGAAGAGGAAGUUUGAAUUAGGACGUCCAGCAGCCAAUACCAAACUUGGUCCUCAAAGAAUUCACACCGUCCGCACACGAGGUGGAAACAAAAAAUACAGGGCUCUUCGUCUCGAUACGGGAAAUUUCUCUUGGGGAUCGGAAGGUCGUGCGCGAAAAACUCGUAUCAUCGAUGUCGUUUAUAACGCGUCGAACAACGAGUUGGUGCGAACCAAAACCCUCGUCAAAAAUGCAAUUGUGACGAUUGAUGCCACGCCUUUCAGACAAUGGUAUGAGUCCCAUUACGCGAUUCCUCUGGGCCGCAAACGGGGAGCAAAACUGACUGAAGCCGAGGAGGAAAUUUUGAACAAGCCGAAGUCGAAGAAAUGCGCCGCCAAGUACAAGGCGAGGCAAAAGUCUGCAAAAGUUGAACCGGCUGUUGAAGAACAGUUUGGAACUGGAAGAGUUCUCGCUUGCGUUUCGAGUAGACCCGGACAGUGCGGUCGAGCCGACGGCUACAUUUUGGAAGGAAAGGAACUCGAAUUCUACAUGAGGAAGAUCAAGAGUAAGAAGUCGAAGUAAAAUGUGAAAAUUUCGAUGAAUAAAUUUAUAUUUACUCGA